CCUGUCCCUCUGUUCCCAGCCCUGGCCUGGAUGGGGGGGACAGGGCGGGCAGGGUGGAUCCCGCAGUGCUCUGCCCCAGCUGCACUCCGGUGUGUUCCCAGGUGUGACACCCACACACAGCACCCUGCACUGCUGGGAGGGAGGUGAUCUCCGUGCCAGUGACACCAGUGUACCCCCGGGCAGGGGAUCUCACCAGGAUGGCCACAGGGUCAUUCCCAGCAGCAGGAAGAUCACACAGGUAACCAGCUUGGCUGGAGCUGCGCAGUGCUGCGUCCCUCGACUUUAAUCCAGUGUAAGCUGUGCCCGUGGUGCCAUGAGUUCUGUCGUGAUGGCAGCCUGUCUGUUCUACCCUGCCUUCACCCCCAGUGGGAAAGGACACGAGGAGCUGGCUGAGGUGGUCGGUGCUGGCAGGGCAGCUCCCACAGGAGCAGCACUUUGCACGUGAUAUGGGAUGUCUGUCUGCUCGAGUUCCUCUGGAAAAGGAGACCCUGCAAUCACUGCCGAGUUUCCGAGUCCCUCAGCGGUUCCUGACCAAGUUUGCUUGAUUUACCACUUUAAAAACAUUCUGUUCUAAUUACAGCUCGUCUGCUUUCUGACUCAGCUGUCACUGUUUGCAGUGAAGACUCUGCUAUUGACAUGGAUAAACAAUGCUGUUUGAGAUGGGAGCCAGGGUGGAAUUCAGCUCCUUCUGGAACUGAGCUGGCUGUGCAGAGCCAGUGGGAAUGAAAAGUUAUAAAACUGAAGAGAAAGGGUUUGCUGUAACACAAAGACAAAAUGGACCAAUGUUUUUUUUAAACAGCUCAGUGAAUAUAGUCUAGCUUUGAAAAGUGUUUUGGGCUUUUCUGGGCAGAAGCACUCUGUGUGUCUCAUGCAUACAUGAAGGGUUCUAGUCCAGGCUGCCCUGUGCCAUGGAGCCCCCCAGCUGGCUUCAUGCUGAGGAGUCCCUGGAGGUACAAGAGGUCCCAGCACGGCACUUUGGUUGGAAGUUGUGAGCAAUUUGCCCCGUUCCUCUAUCUCAGCUGCCUGCCUGUGCCACUGCUGCAUCCAGUGGUGACGCACGCCAGCCCUAAGCUCUGCAUAGCAGCUGCUACCUCAGCAGUGGCUUAUUGCAUCAGCUUAAAGUGUUUUAGGAAAUAAACCUUUAAUCCCUGUGUGCCCAGGUACAAGUGUAAAGAGCUGCAUUUGCAGUUAGAAAGUGGCACUGCUCUGGCCUUGGAAACAAGUGUGAGAAAUUAACUGAGAGGGACUUAGGGUGAACAGAGAGUGUGUGAGGGCCUGGUGUUUUCAUGUUAAGGUGAAGGAAGACCUUUGGACUGUCCAGAGACUGGCCUGCAUUGGCUGCCAGCAAGGUCUGCCCUCGUCCAUGGUGCCAGCACUUCAGCUCCUUCCACCUUCCCCACUUAGAGGGCAGGUUUCCCAGCUUGGUCUCUGCUCUAAGGAGAGUACAGUGCUUUGUGCUUUUUUCCAUUAAACUUAUUUCUGAACUAGCUUACAAGGAACCUUGGUGAAAACUAGGCCAGGACUGGAGGAAGUUUAUUAAGGCCAAGAGGACAUGAACUUCUGCCACCUUCCACCCAUGAGCUCCAGCAGCUCUGGUACAUCCUCCUGUGCUGGAUGAGGCCCUUGUGUUCACCUGCUCCUGGCUGUGAGGAAUGCUCAGCUCAGCCCUCAGUGCAGACAAAACAGCAAGGGCAGCUGGGUGCUCAGCUCCCUUCCAGCCUCUGUCAGGGGCAGAUCAAAAUCUCUCUUUGUGCUCACCUCCUGUAAAUUAAAAAUUUACAGGAGGUGAGCAAAAUUAAGAUAACUGAGCUGUGUAACUCAGCUUCUGGUUGGCACAAGGAAUGUUUCAAGCACAACUGAGUGCACAGAGUGGUGAGACAGACGGACAUAGAGGGCACAGAAGGCUCCAACAAUAGCCUUCCCUGUGGAGUUUGAUAAUUAUGCGAGGCUUGAGAAGAGUGAGGUUGUCUGUCAACUAGUAUAUGAAGCUGAGUGCUGGCUUCAGUUCUGAACAUCCCAUCAGUGCCCUGGUCCAGCAGCCUUCUCAGCCCCAUUGCAGAAUGAUUCCAGUCCAGGACAGAUGGACUAGGUAAUUUAUUAGCUGUUACCAAUGGAGUUGGCAUGACCCAAAUUGGAUACAAAGGCACAGAGAGGAUGGCACAACUGGUAACCUGCAAGUGGGCCAAGUGUUUCAUGGUGGUGGUCAAACCUCCACAGCCACAUCCUGAGGUGGCUGGAGCCUGUGGAAGAAGGUUUGGUCAUGCUGCCUUCUGCAGCCUGCCACAGGGACUGGCAGUAUGUGGGGAUGGCUCUCCAGUGGGGACUGGCUAGUCUCACAGAUCCAAUUCCCCCUGUGAGAGUGGGGCUGGGACACUCCUCUGUCACUGAGGGACCACAGCACGCCUGCCCAGCCAGGCCACCAUUUGCAGCCCCCAAACCACAGUCCUGGGGUUUGAACCACACAUGUCCCUCCUGUUAGUGGGGAAGGGAAAGGAAGAGCUCCUGUGCAAGGGAGCUGCUGCCUGGUUUGAGCCCUUCCAAAAGAAUGGUGCAGUGCAGAGCUACCUCUUUAUAUAUGUGACCAUGAGCCAUGGUCUCCAACAAUGACAGUGCUGGGCAGAAACUGGUGUCACCUUAACACCUUCCCAGGAAAGCCAAUUACCUUGGGAUGAUUAUGAUUAAUAAUUCUCUAAACCCUAAUUGUGCUGACACCGGUGCUUGGAGCUUACCCAGGGGCACUUUAUAAGAGGUGCCCUGUGGAGGAGAGUGUAACUGGUUCUCCUUGGGGUGACAGUGAAGGCUGAGACGUGGCAGGAGUUCCAUUCCAGAGGCAGUUUUCCCCUUGCACAAAAGAACUCCCAGAGUAAGAGCAAAAAGCGCCUCACAAACUGCAGCCAUGAACGGGACAGAAGGCCAAGACUUCUACGUGCCCAUGUCCAACAAGACUGGGGUGGUGCGGAGCCCCUUCGAGUACCCCCAGUACUACCUGGCUGAGCCUUGGAAGUUCUCGGCGCUGGCUGCCUACAUGUUCAUGCUGAUUCUGCUCGGCUUCCCCAUCAACUUCCUCACGCUGUACGUCACCAUCCAGCACAAGAAGCUCCGGACCCCUCUAAACUACAUCCUCCUGAACCUGGCCGUGGCUGACCUCUUCAUGGUAUUCGGGGGCUUCACGACCACGAUGUACACCUCCAUGAACGGGUACUUUGUCUUUGGAGUAACAGGGUGCUACAUCGAAGGCUUCUUUGCCACACUGGGCGGUGAAAUUGCUCUCUGGUCUCUGGUGGUCCUGGCUAUCGAAAGAUACGUAGUGGUCUGCAAGCCCAUGAGCAACUUCCGCUUCGGGGAGAACCAUGCCAUCAUGGGCGUUGCCUUCUCCUGGAUCAUGGCCUUGGCGUGUGCAGCUCCCCCACUUUUCGGCUGGUCCAGGUACAUCCCCGAGGGCAUGCAGUGCUCGUGCGGGAUCGACUAUUACACUCUGAAGCCAGAGGUCAACAAUGAAUCUUUUGUCAUCUACAUGUUUGUGGUUCACUUUAUGAUCCCGCUGUUAAUCAUUUUCUUCUGCUAUGGGAACCUGGUUUGCACUGUCAAGGAGGCUGCCGCCCAGCAGCAGGAGUCUGCCACCACCCAGAAGGCAGAGAAAGAGGUGACUCGCAUGGUCAUCAUCAUGGUCAUCUCCUUCCUGAUCUGCUGGGUCCCCUAUGCCAGCGUCGCAUUCUACAUCUUCACCAACCAGGGAUCAGACUUCGGGCCCAUCUUCAUGACCAUCCCGGCAUUCUUUGCCAAGAGCUCGGCCAUUUACAACCCUGUGAUCUACAUCGUAAUGAACAAACAGUUCCGCAACUGCAUGAUCACAACCCUCUGCUGUGGCAAGAACCCACUGGGUGACGAGGACACAUCUGCUGGCAAGACAGAGACCUCCUCCGUCUCCACCAGCCAGGUCUCUCCUGCAUAGGCCCCUGGGGUGCACCCUGGCAGCACAAACUUAACCCCACCACUGCCACCACCUGCCCCUGCUUCACCGUGGCCAAGGCCCUGUGGGGCAGGCUCCUCGCUCCUGGCUCUAGGAACCCUGGGAACAAGGCUGAAAAUGUGUACACAUGUUUUGUAAUUAAAAUGCAAAGGCUUAGCUCCUCUGGC